CGAACGGAAAGCACUCUUCCUUCCGCCCAAGACAAACAUUGCUGGGCGACUUGGCGUCGUUCGAAGAAGCGACGAAGAACCUUGGUUUCUGGGGAAGAGGCUGGUAAUUCAUUACUCCAGAGAAACUCGGAGUUUUCACCGCGUGGGGUGGAAUGGGUAGGGAGAAACAGAGAAAGAAUGGAGAUGGCAGCAACCACUACCCAGGAAGGACCGUACAUCGUCCGAUGUAUGCAAAAGAUGUAUGUAUCUGCAUCUGCACGCGCGCGCACUGCUGCCCAUGUGUCCACUCUGUCUCCCUCCCUCUCCCUCUCUCGUAUUGACCAGGGCUCCCUUCGUUUCACCAUGCGAUGAUGCUGGGUCAAUACAAUGGAUGGAUGGCAGCUUAAAGGUACUGUCGCCGGGUGGUUUCACGUGUCAGCUCUCUCUACCAUCGACUCCUCUGCUGGUCAGGUCACGCGGGACUCUUGUCUCCUCGGAGCAGAGUAUGGUUGGUUACCCGGAGGAUGAUGGGUGUGUUGCUGAGGUCAGUGGUGAUGUGCAGAGUAGUGUUGCAGGAGAACACAACGUUUCGUCGUCUCUUCUUUUCUUGGUCCCAUUCGCGCGCGCGUCUUUGCAUGAGCGCGAUCGCGUCGUCGCGGUUUGGAAAUUGCGGGGUUGAAGCUGGUGUCGCGCGACCACCCACCUCCCUCCAC